AUGCCCACGUCCGGCUCCUCCUCGGCCACCACCGAGGCCGUCGCCCAGAUCGAGCAGGCGCUGCCCGACGCGCAGCAGGUCAAGGCCAAGGCGGCCUCGGGCCUGCUCAACCAGCUGCGCGACACGGGCGCCGGCGCCGUCGGUGGCGUCUGCGCCGUCGUUGUCGGCCACCCCUUUGACCUCGUCAAGGUCCGCCUGCAGACGGCCGAGCGCGGCGUCUACUCGUCCGCCAUGGACGUGGUCAGGAAGAGCAUCGCCCGCGACGGCCUGCGUCGCGGCCUCUACGCCGGCGUCAGCGCGCCCCUCGUCGGCGUCACCCCCAUGUUCGCCGUUUCAUUCUGGGGCUACGGUGUCGGCAAGCAAAUAGUCACGAGCCUGUCCAGCGUCGGCCCCGAGGGCCUCUCCAUCGCCCAAAUCUCCGCGGCCGGCUUCCUCUCCGCUAUCCCCAUGACCGCCAUCACCGCGCCCUUUGAGCGCGUCAAGGUCAUCCUCCAGGUCCAGGGCCAGAAGCCGCUCGCGCCCGGCGAGAAGCCAAAGUACAGUGGCGGCGUCGACGUCGUCCGCCAGCUCUACAAGGAGGGCGGCCUGCGCAGCGUCUUCCGUGGCAGCGUCGCCACCCUCGCCCGCGACGGGCCCGGCUCCGCUGCCUACUUCGCCGCGUACGAGUACAUUAAGCGCACCCUCAGCCCCAAGGACCCCGUCACCGGCCGGCCCACUGGUGAGCUGAGCAUCGGUGCCAUCAUCGCCGCCGGUGGUGCCGCCGGUAUCGCCAUGUGGAUCCCCGUCUUCCCCGUCGACACGGUCAAGUCGCGCCUGCAGACGGCCGAGGGCAACGUUAGCUUGGGCGGCGUCGUUCGCGAGCUGUACGGACGCGGCGGCUUCAAGGCAUUUUUCCCUGGUUUCGGUCCCGCGCUGGCGCGUGCUGUGCCUGCCAACGCCGCCACCUUUUUGGGUGUCGAGCUUGCUCACAAUGCCAUGAACAAGGCCUUUGGCAAGGUCGAGUAA